CAUUCCCAAAUGGACAGUGCUUCUGCUAAGAACUAGCAAAAUUCAUCAUUGGUCAUGGAAAUCCUUGAUCUUCUUUUGUUAUCUCAGCUUGUUCUUCUCCUUCAGUACUCAUCCCUUCACUCUCUCUCUUUAGCUUAUGAACUCCAAGAGAAGUACUUUGUCAAUUGUGGAUCAGAUGAUAAUGUGGAUCUCAAUGAUCGGAAUUUCAUUGGGGAUUUGAAGCCUGAUUCCUUCUCUUUCUCAAAGGGAAGUGAGACUAUUAAAGACGCCAACCUGACAUUAUCGAGUCUCUACCAGACAGCAAGAGUUUCCAGUCGCCAAUCCUACUACAAAUUCGAGAUCACUGAUACCGGUACUUAUCUGGUACGCCUGCAUUUCUUUCCAAUUUCUUCACCCUCAAGUAAUCUCUCUACCGGAAUUUUUCAUGUUUCGGAUUCCAAAUUCAGACUGUUGAACAAUUUCACAGCCAAGAUUAAUAGUAGUACAACCUCUGCUAUAAUUAAGGAAUUCUUUCUUGGAAUAAAUAGUACCGACUCAUUUAAGCUAUAUUUUACACCUCAAGCCUCGUCUUUUGCUUUUGUAAAUGCCAUCGAACUAUUCCUUGCACCUUCAAAUUUCACCCCUGAGAAUCACAACAGUAAUCUACCUUUACACACAACUUACCGAGUGAAUGUUGGAGGCCCAGAGCUCUCACCAAAUAAUGACACACUGUGGAGAAACUGGGAGACUGAUGAUAUUUAUCUGUCUGAUCCAAACUCUGCAAAGAACUCUAACAAAAGUACCAUUACUUAUGCUCCAAACGAUCAAGCUGAUCGUGAUUUUAUUGCAUCAACUAAAUUUAUCGCCCCGGAUUUGGUUUACAAGACAGCUAAAGUGAUGAACAGCGCAGCCAAUUCUUCCAACAUAACAUGGUCUUUUAGUGUGAGCAGAAAUGCUAGGCACAUUGUCCGUGCGCACUUCUGUGACAUUAUUUCUACAACCGCCGGUGAAAUAGUGUUUAACUUGUCUUCGAAUGGCAACUUCCGUAAGGAGAUAGUCGAACUGGAGUCACGUUUCCAUCGUUUGCUGUCUAAUCCUUUCUACUAUGAUUUUGUGGUGAAUGCUAGUGAGUCUGAAGUAGUUAACAUCAGUAUAGCUCCUAAUUUUACCAUAGAUAUACCAAAUGCCUUUCUAAAUGGGCUGGAAAUAUUGCAAAUAAUGGAGGGAACAGCUGUGAUUUAUGAUUUGGAAGAAUCCAAGAAGGUAAAUGUGGCUAUUGUGGUUGGUUCAGUUCUUGGAGGAGGCCUGUUUCUCAUCUGUAUUUUCCUCAUUGGAUUCUUGUUUUGUUUGAGACAUAGAAAGGCGAAGAAAAACAGAGGAGGAAUCUCCCACAACCUUGGGUUGAAGAUAUCUUUUGUCGAAAUUAAGUCUGCAACAGACGACUUUGACCCCAAAAUGCAGAUAGGUGUGGGUGGUUUUGGACAUGUUUAUAGAGGAACUCUCUCUGAUGGCACCAAAGUGGCUGUGAAGCGUUGUAAGCAAGUGGAGCAGCGAUCAGGCCAAGGACUUCCAGAAUUUGAAACAGAAAUCAUAGUGUUGUCGAAAAUCCACCACCGGCAUCUUGUCUCCUUAAUUGGUUACUGUGAUGAAGGGUCUGAGAUGAUACUAGUGUAUGAGUUCAUGGAAAAAGGGACCUUGGAAGAUCAUUUGUAUGACUCGAAUGUGCCUCGCUUGUCGUGGAAGCAAAGACUAGAAAUUUGCAUAGGAGCAGCAAGUGGACUUGAUUAUCUCCACAGAGGUGCGGCAGGGGGCAUCAUCCACCGUGAUGUGAAGUCCACCAACAUAUUGCUGGAUGAGAACCUUGUGGCUAAAGUCGCUGACUUCGGGCUUUCAAAGUCUGGCCCUCUUGAAGAAAAUUUUGUCAGCACGGCUGUCAAAGGCACCAUCGGUUACCUUGAUCCAGAGUACUAUAUGUCUGGAAUGUUGACAGAAAAAUCUGAUGUGUACUCAUUUGGUGUGGUACUACUUGAGGUGUUAUGUGGAAGACCUCCUAUUGUACAAACGGUUCCGAGAGAGCAAAUGAACUUAGCUGAAUGGGUUAUGCAUUGCAAGAAACAAGGGACGCUAGAAGAGAUCAUUGAUUCUCCAUUGAAGGGUGAGAUUGAUCCUAGCUCACUGAGACGUUUUAUUGAGACUGCAGAGAAGUGUUUGAAACCAGAUUCUUGUGAUAGGCCGACGAUGGCUGACGUGCAGUGGGAUUUGAACUAUGCAUUGAAGCUUCAUCAAACUGGAAGGCUUGGAGCACCCCAUGAGGAUAGCACUGUUUGUUCUUCAUCAGCGUUUUCAAUACCAAAUAUUCCACAUUUCGCUUCACUUGAUUCGACAGUUAACAUUUCUGCAAUGAAGGACGACGAGAUGGAGUCUACAGAGAGCGAAAUUUUCUCCCAACUGAGAAUCGGGGAGGCCAGAUAAAAGACAUUAGUUUGUGACUUCUGAGGUAAGUUAACUUAUGCUUAAGGUUUCCUUGUGACUGGUUGGUUUUAAUCCAUAUGGAUGAUUGUAUUAUAUUGUAUUGUAUUUGCAAUCUAGUGGAGAAUAAGUUGAAGUAUAAAAGCCAAACUGCUUUUGGCCAUUAUGCAUGAUGCUCUG